AUGAAUUCGUUUCCCGCAAAGAUGUCGCUUGCGCUGUUGAAAAUUUUCCUAAUUUUGGCACUGAUUGCCGGGGUGUGGAAUGAUUAUCCCGCAUUUAAAAAUAUCCCGGAUUUGCAAACAGAUGGGCCAAAGAAAAUUCAAAGCCAAAUUGAGAAGCAAACCCCACAUUCGGUAAAAUCGAAACUCGAGAAUAUCAAAGAAGGCAUGAUGGAGAGACUCCAGAAAUGCAAAGAUGAGACUGCUCAUUUGAUGGAUAAAGACGAUCUUUUGGGAAACUUGGGCCAGUGGAAAGAUAGACUGGUUCAAGAUGUUGAAACGCUGUGGUCACAAGUCUCUGAACAGCUUAAAGAGUCCAAGAACAAGGUAAUGGCAGAAGAGGAAGAUCCUCAUUCCGAUAUCUCGGCAAAGCUUCAUAAAUUGUUCGGGAAACUGAUGCCCGAUGCGCUUUUCACCAAGGAAAGCGAGGAACGCAUUAACAACCUUGAAGAGGGUGAGAAAAUGAUGGUUGUGGACGUCUCUGGUUGUUCCGCAAAUGAUCUUAAAGUGACCAUCUCUGGGGACAAGAGAAUGAUAUCGAUUCGUGGAACUUGUGCCAUUUCUGAAUCAAAUAGAGGACCUUUGAUUCAAAAAGAAAUCGACGAAAAACUAAGAGUGCCAUCUCAAACUAACGUUGAAAACAUUACGGUUGGGCUCAAAAAUGGACUGCUGUGUAUCAUCUUUCCUCCCCUCGACCUGGAUGCAUCUGAGGAGCAAAUCUUGUUGGCCAUUUCUGAAUGGUGA